GGCUUGUCGUGGCGGGGCACGUCAGUAUCUUCAUGAACGAUCAUUCGCUCAGACGAGAUCUUCGCCUGCAAGUACCAAAAUUGUGCGGGCGAGAUACACGAGCGUUGCCAGGUACAAGGGGAAAUUCGACGUUGUGUGAUCCGAGGUGUUGAUGGCAAAAUGGGAUGGCCAGAGGUUGGGGAAAGUAUUGAUAAAGAGCUGCGUUUCCUGACCGUUGUGUUGGUUCUGAUACCUCCUCACCUCCUUCUCCACCCAUCUCUUCUCCUCUCCCUCCUUUCCUCACCGUUCCCGCUUUCUCCCUCUUCAUCUGUGAAGAUUCAAUCGAUCACCCGUCAAUUGAUAUCAUCAAGCUUCUCCAAUCAUGAUGUAUCCCAAAACCGCCAUUUGUGCGGGUCUGCUUUCCCAAGCUCUCCCAGCAUAUGGUGCCGUCAUGGAGAAAUUGGCUGCAGCACCUAGCGGAUGGACUGCUGCUUCGGAAACAGAUUCGAGUGCGGCCAUCACCCUCACAGUUGGUCUCGCUAUGCAAAAUCUGGAUCAAUUGGAGGCCAAACUUCUUGCCGUUUCAACACCAGGAAAUGCAGAGUACGGAAACCAUCUCGACAUUGAUGAGGCUAAUGCUUUGUUCGCCCCUUCUGCGGAUGCAAGUAGCGCUGUUACUUCAUGGUUGACAAGUGCCGGUGCUCAAAACAUUGUGAGCGAUGGAUCGACCAUCUCCUUUGCCACCACCAUUGAGAAGGCCAAUUCGAUGCUUAACGCAAAAUUCAAAAGCUAUACAAGCAAUGGCGUAACAAAAGUCCGAACUACUCAAUACUCCGUCCCAGAUGAUGUUGCUGAACAUAUCGAGCUCAUCUCUCCAACAACUUACUUCGGAAAGACAGUCGCAAACGCACCAACUAAGAUUGCAAAGAGAGAUACUUCAGCUACGAAAGUAACUGUUGAUGCUGCUUGCUCAACAUCCAUUACUCCUAAAUGUAUCAAGGAAUUAUACAACAUCGGAGAUUACACCCCUUCAGUUUCAUCCGGAAGCAGAAUCGGAUUCGGUAGUUUCCUCAACCAAUCAGCUCUCUAUACUGAUCUUUUCCAAUAUGAGAGUUACUUUGGUAUCCCAGAACAAAACUUCACAGUUACCCUGAUCAAUGGAGCUACUAAUGAUCAAAAUGAAGCUACUGCUCAAAUUGGCGAGGCAAAUCUUGAUGUUCAAAACAUCAUUGGUGUUGCUCAUCCUUUACCUGUUCAAGAAUUCAUCACUGGUGGUUCGCCACCAUUUAUCCCUAACGUUGAUUUACCAACUGAGGCCGAUAACUCCAAUGAGCCAUAUUUGCCAUAUUAUGAGUACUUGUUGUCUCAACCAAACUCCGCCUUACCACAAGUCAUCUCGAACUCUUAUGGUGAUGAUGAAGAUACAGUUCCAUAUGCCUAUGCUGUACGAGUUUGCAACCUGAUCGGUAUCAUGGGACUUCGUGGUAUCUCAGUCCUUGAAUCCUCAGGAGACACUGGAGUAGGAGCUGGUUGCGUCGCAAACGAUGGUCUCAACACCCCAUACUUCCAACCUCAAUUCCCUGGUACAUGUCCAUACAUUACAUCUGUUGGAGGUACUCAAGCCGUUGCUCCCGAAGUCGCUUGGGAUGAUGGUUCAGGAGGUUUCUCAAACUACUUCCCUACUGCUUGGUACCAAGUAGCUGCUGUGGAUGAAUACUUGAACAAGCAUAUCAGUCCAAGCACCAAGGAAUACUAUGAGAGCUACACAAACUUUUCAGGAAGAGGUUUCCCAGAUAUUUCGGCUCAUAGUUUGACACCUGAUUACCAAGUAGUCUACUUCGGUGAACUUUCCCCAUCAGGUGGAACGUCCGCCGCCGCUCCCGUAAUUGCAGGUAUUCUCGGUCUUCUCAACGAUGCACGAUUCAAAGCAGGAAAGCCAGCACUAGGAUUCAUUAACCCCCUCCUUUAUCUUCUUGGCCAAGGAGCUCUUAAUGAUAUCACCGGAGGAGCAAGCGUAGGAUGCAAUGGUGUCAAUGGACAGACUGGCGCGAAAGUACCUGGAGGAGCAGUCAUUCCAUACGCAAGUUGGAAUGCGACAAAAGGAUGGGAUCCAGUCACAGGAUUGGGAACACCAAACUUUGAGAAGUUGAAGGCACUCGUUUUGAGUUACUAGUUUUGGGUUAGAGGCACCAAAUCAGUGGAUGAUGGAUUUAGGAGAUGGAGAUGAAAAGGUUAAUAAAUUUAUACAGAUUUGUAUAUAAAUUACGAAGAAAUGAAUAAUUACAAUAGUAAAGGAGAUUAAUAAUUCUCA